AUGGAUAAACCGUUUAAAAAAAAAAAAGGAUUCGACCAUAAACUCGUCUUUCGAUUCAUUGGGGUCGACUUUGCUCAAAAAAUCUUGCAGUGGUCGCCAGACAAAUUGGUUAGAUUGCAAUUAUGGGACGUCGCUGGACAUGAGAAAUUUGGAAAUAUGACAAGAUUUUAUUAUCAAGAAGCCGUUGGGGCCCUUAUUGUGUACGACGUAACACGAUCUCAUACCUUUGAAGGAGUCAGUAAAUGGAAAUCUGACCUAGAUCAGAAAGUGACCUUACCGGAGUCCUGGGGUGGUGGACCUAUUCCAGUUGUAUUGCUGGCUAAUAAGUGUGACCUGAACCACGAAGGCCCUAAUACGAAAACUGAAACCGAUAUAUCACAAUAUUGUGAAGAGCAAGGUUUCACAAAAUGGUUUAAGACUUCGGCAGUAAAUAAUCAAAACAUUGGAGAAGCAGCACAAUUUUUGGUAUCAGAAAUUUUGAAAGUCGAACCACAACAUCAGAAGAAUGAUAGACGUGGAUAUUUAGUCAACAGAAAUGAUGACACCAUAAAAAUUAGAUCAGAAAAAGAUCCACCUAGUAGAUGCUGCUGA